GAUUUUUUUUUUCUUCAUCUUUUUCUUUUUUUUUAUGAUUUGAAAGGAUAUUGUAGAUGCUUCAUCCAGGAACUUUCACAAAGGACUUUUCUCUACUUUUGAACUUUAAGAAAAGUCAGAAGAGGCAGAAGUGGAUGUGAGAGAAAGAGAGACACAGAGAGACAGAGAGCCAAAGAGGGCAAGAGACUUGACUUUAAGAGACUCCUGUACUGACAACUCCAUGCAGUUCGGAACCAGAACGACUGCGGCUGAACCAGGGUUCAUGGGGACAUGGCAAAACGCUGAUACUAACCUUUUAUUCAGAAUGUCCCAACAGGUUCCAGUGGCAUGUGCUGGCAGAGUGCUGGGUGCAGACUUCUGCCCAAACCUGGAGGAGCCAGACCAGAGGCUGGAAGUCCAGGCCAUCCGUUGCACACUGGUAAACUGCACGUGCGAAUGUUUUCAGCCGGGGAAGAUUAACCUGCGGACUUGCGACCAGUGCAAACAUGGCUGGGUGGCACAUGCCUUGGAUAAGCUCAGCACCCAGCACCUGUACCACCCCACCCAAGUGGAGAUUGUGCAGUCCAACGUGGUGUUCGACAUCAGCAGCCUGAUGCUCUACGGGACACAAGCGGUGCCCGUGCGGCUAAAGAUCCUGCUGGACCGGCUCUUCAGUGUCCUGAAGCAGGAGGAGGUGCUACACAUCCUGCACGGCCUGGGCUGGACGCUACGGGACUACGUUCGGGGGUACAUCCUUCAGGAUGCUGCCGGCAAGGUGCUGGACCGCUGGGCCAUCAUGUCUCGAGAAGAGGAAAUCAUCACCCUUCAGCAGUUUCUGCGGUUUGGAGAAACCAAAUCCAUUGUAGAGCUGAUGGCAAUUCAGGAGAAAGAAGGGCAGGCUGUGGCCGUUCCGUCUUCAAAGACAGACUCAGACAUUAGGACUUUCAUUGAGAGCAAUAAUCGCACCAGGAGUCCCAGCCUCCUUGCUCACCUAGAGAACAGCAACCCUUCCAGCAUUCAUCACUUCGAAAACAUCCCCAACAGCCUUGCAUUUCUGCUUCCAUUCCAGUACAUAAACCCAGUCUCGGCCCCACUGCUAGGAUUGCCUCCAAACGGGCUCCUGUUAGAGCAACCAGGACUGAGGCUGCGGGAACCCAGCCUUUCAACUCAGAAUGAGUAUAAUGAGAGCAGCGAGUCUGAAGUAUCUCCCACACCUUAUAAGAACGAUCAGACUCCCAAUAGAAACGCCCUGACCAGCAUUACUAACGUGGAGCCCAAAACCGAGCCAACCUGCGUGUCCCCCAUUCAGAAUUCUGCCCCGGUCAGUGAUCUGACCAAAACGGAACACCCAAAAAGCUCAUUCCGGAUCCACCGGAUGAGAAGGAUGGGGUCAGCCUCUAGGAAAGGAAGAGUGUUCUGUAACGCAUGUGGGAAGACAUUCUAUGAUAAAGGUACUCUCAAAAUUCAUUAUAAUGCUGUUCACCUGAAGAUCAAACAUCGAUGCACCAUUGAAGGUUGCAACAUGGUCUUCAGCUCCCUCCGAAGCCGCAAUCGUCACAGUGCAAACCCUAACCCUCGCCUCCACAUGCCUAUGCUAAGGAAUAACCGAGACAAAGAUUUAAUCCGGGCCACAUCAGGAGCUGCCACCCCCGUCAUAGCAAGUACAAAAUCAAAUCUCACACUCACCAGCCCCGGCCGGCCCCCGAUGGGUUUUACCACUCCCCCACUAGACCCCGUCUUACAGAACCCUCUCCCCAGCCAGCUGGUGUUUUCCGGGCUAAAGACUGUCCAACCAGUUCCUCCAUUUUAUAGAAGUUUACUCACUCCAGGAGAAAUGGUGAGCCCUCCCACGUCCCUCCCGACCAGUCCCCUCAUUCCAACCAGUGGUACCAUAGAGCAGCACCCCGUGCCACCCUCUGAGCCAGCAGCGCCAGUAGUGAUGAUGGCCACUCAUGAGCCCAGUGCCGACCUGGCCCCCAAGAAGAAGCCCAGGAAGUCCAGCAUGCCUGUGAAGAUCGAGAAGGAAAUCAUCGAUACCGCCGAUGAGUUUGACGAUGAAGACGAUGACCCCAAUGACCCUGGAGCUGUGGUCAAUGACGUGAGCCAUGACAAUCAUUGCCACUCCCAAGAGGAGAUGAGUCCAGGCAUGUCUGUGCAGGACUUUUCUAAGCACAGCAGGUCCCGGUGCAUUUCAAGGACUGAAAUAAGAAGGGCUGACAGCAUGACUUCUGAGGAUCAGGAACCUGAGCGGGACUAUGAGAACGAGUCCGAGUCUUCAGAGCCCAAACUAGGUGAGGAAUCCAUGGAAGGGGAUGAGCACAUGCACAGCGAAGUGAGCGAAAAGGUCCUGAUGAGCAGUGAGAGGCCCGACGAGAACCACAGUGAGCCCUCUCACCAGGACAUCAUCAAGGUGAAGGAAGAAUUUGCAGAUCCCACUUAUGACAUGUUUUACAUGAGCCAGUACGGACUAUACAAUGGUGGGGGAGCCAGCAUGGCGGCCCUGCACGAAAGUUUUGCCUCCUCUCUGAAUUACGGCAGCCCUCAGAAGUUCUCCCCAGAAGGCGACCUGUGUUCCAGCCCAGACCCCAAAAUCUGUUACGUGUGCAAGAAGAGUUUCAAAAGCUCCUACAGCGUGAAGCUUCACUACAGGAACGUUCACUUAAAAGAGAUGCAUGUCUGCACGGUGGCUGGCUGCAACGCUGCCUUCCCCUCUCGCCGGAGCAGAGACAGUCACAGUGCCAACAUAAAUCUGCAUCGGAAACUGUUGACCAAAGAACUCGAUGACAUGGGCCUGGACUCCUCGCAGCCCUCCCUUAGCAAGGACCUCCGGGAUGAAUUUUUGAUGAAGAUCUAUGGAGCCCAGCACCCCCUGGGGCUGGACGUCAGGGAAGAGGCCUCCUCCCCCGCGGGCACCGAAGACUCGCACCUGAACGGGUACGGGCGCGGCAUGGCGGAGGACUACAUGGUCCUGGACCUGAGCACCACCUCCAGCCUGCAGUCCAGCAGCAGCAUCCACUCCUCCCGAGAGUCCGACGCGGGCAGCGACGAGGGCAUCCUUCUCGACGACAUCGACGGGGCGAGUGACAGUGGGGAGUCCGCUCACAAGGCCGAGGCCCCCGCCCUCCCUGGCGGCCUCGGGGCUGAAGUGUCGGGAUCUCUGAUGUUCAACAGCUUGUCCGGGAGCAAUGGUGGGAUUAUGUGCAACAUUUGCCACAAAAUGUACAGCAACAAGGGGACCCUGAGGGUGCACUACAAAACGGUGCAUUUGCGGGAAAUGCACAAGUGCAAAGUCCCCGGUUGCAACAUGAUGUUUUCCUCUGUGCGAAGCCGAAACCGGCACAGUCAGAACCCUAAUCUCCACAAAAACAUUCCCUUCGUGUCAGUAGAUUAGUCUCAGAACGGACACUACCAAUGCCAGCUCUCACCAGACGGCCUACAUAUUUGAACUGCCAUAGUGUGUGCUUGUGUACUUGUGUGUGUGUGUG